AUGUGGAGAAAGAAGAAUUCAACUGAAAGGAGACGGCGGUUCGGUUUCAGCUCAAACGCGAUCGAGGUUAGAUCUUGAACCUUUUUUUUCGCCUUCUUCGAGUUCAUCAAUUUUUUUUGUUUGAAAAAAAGUUGUGGAAACGCUGGUAAUGUUGUAGAUCUCGAAAUAUAUCAGAAUUCAGCAUAAGUAGGAGUUUCCCUAGUGUCAUUUUUUGAAUAACUGAUUGAAUUUGAGACGUUGGAAGGGGUUGAUCUGUCCGGAAAGACCUACGCCAUCACCGGCACGACCAACGGCAUCGGAAGCGAGACGGCCCGGGCCCUGGCCCUGAAGGGAGCUCACGUGGUGAUGCUCAACAGGAACGUCAAGGCCUCUCAAGACCAAAGAGACUCGAUUCUCAAGGAAAAGGUACUGCGUAGCUCAUACCUGAGAAACCAAAACCUUCGAGGCUUUUCAUGAUUUUCCAAUGCUAAACUGAAAUUUCCCAAGUUUCUUUCUGCCAAUUAACAUUGAAAAACUAAGAAAACAACCGGUCAAACGAAAAUAACCGGAUAAGAAUUUCGAAAAAAUUUUUGUUCAGGAAUUUUCCAAUCAACCUUUUUUUUUGCAAAACUUCAAUUUCUGUGGGCGGAAGAGUGAACUGAAAAAAGUUAUACUCUUGAACUUUCCAACUCGAAGUUUUUGAAAAAAAAUAAUAAUGAAGUAAUCAAAUUUUUCUUUUCCAAAACUGGUCCCGAAAAAUUGUUUCGCUCACGUUUUAUCACAAAAAUUUUUGAGCAAAAAAAACAAUAUAUUUUUUUAAGUGUGUUUCGUCUAAAUACAUAAAGAGCCGUGUUGCUCAGGCUAGCCCACGAUAGCUGUUUUUUGCAGGCGGACGCUCAGAUUGACGUCAUCGAGUGCAAUCUGAGCUGCCUUAAGUCCGUCAAACGCGCCGCCGAGGAUUUCAAGGACAAAAAAUGGUGCGUCUUUUUGGGUCAAUGAUAAACCUUUCUGUUUCUUCUUUUUUCCAUCAAUAAUAAUCUCCAAUCAUCAUGAAUAAGGAUGAUCAGCUUCCAUUCACUACAAUUGAAAACAUUCUGAUUUAACUUUUAUUGGCAAAGCUCUUGUAUGCCCAUGCUAUUUGACUGUGUCUAGGAGCUCGCGGGUGCAAAAAGAGAGACCAAAAAGGUCAGAUUUUCUUUAUCCUCGGCGAAUAGAAUGAAAAGUAAAGGAACGAAGAUAAUACAGUGAUGUUUAUGUUCUAGACUCACAGAUAUUUUUAAAAACUAUUCCUUCAAUACUUUUGGAAGAUGUGAUGUUUUUUCAGGCCGUUACAUGUGCUGGUUCUGAACGCCGGUGUUCUGUCUCCUGCUCAGAAAACGACAGAAGACGGCCUGGAAUCUCAUUUCGGAGUCAAUCAUGUCGCCCAUGUUCUUCUUAUCAAUGUGAGUGCUUGAUCAGAUUAUUUUCAUCAUAUUUUUCUAGAUCCCCCUCAUUUUUCAAAAAGUGAGAUUUCAGGAACUACUGCCCGUUUUAAGGCAAUCCGCCCCUUCGAGAAUCGUUCUAGUUUCGUCGAAACUUCAUUAUUCCGCUAGGGUUUGUAUUUUAAACUACAACCUUAAAAGAAAAAGAUCACUUUUCAGCAUUAAUAACUCAAUUUCAUGCAUAGUUCUUCGAAUCUGAGAAAUAAAACUUUUUUUUCAGGUGCCAAGAAAAACGACGCCUUCGGAAAAAGCCGAAUACCUGUGUCCAAACGAGUCCAAAAAGGACUUUAUGACGUGAGCCGAACCGCAACGCGACCGCAAACGCAUCGAAACCAAUUCUUAGGCUCUACUCGAUGUCGAAAAUGUGCAACGUUUUGACGGCGUUCAAACUACACAGACAGGAACACGCGAAUGGAAUUUCCGUCUAUGUCCUUCAUCCUGGAAUCAUUAACACAAGUUGGUAUCUAGAAUUCGGAGUAUCCCAUUGAUCAGUUCAAACAAAUAUUCUGCUCUAAUUAUAAUUCAUUAAAUAUCCGUCAGCGGAGAAGCUAAAAAUGCUUACCAGCUCUUGUGACAAUUGUAUUCGCAUUAAAAAGUUUCUCGGUCUUCGUAAACGAAAACCGAACGCGCUUCGAACGUUUCUGAGCAACUCUUGGGAUCACUUAAAAGUGCUGACGCUACUAAAGUGGUCACUAGGAAUUCUCCAAAACGCCCGGGGUGAGUCCAAUUCGCUUUGCCAAGACCCGAGUUGAGAAAAUUAUUCGCGAAAUCGAGGUAGUUCAAAGUCUUUGAAUCGGUGGUAUAAAAAAAGCCGGCGACUUUUCCGAUGCUUUCAUAUUGCCAGGGAUUUUCCGACGACCACCUUUCCGACGAAAUUUUUUCCGACUUUUUUCCUCAUAUUUUUCUGUUCAUAAAAAAUCUGUUGAUAUCAUUUUUUCCUAUUACUUUGUGUUUUAAUCAUGAAAGACUUGCCUACUUUAUAGAGGAAGAUUCAAAAUGAGGAAUUUAUCGAUAAAAAAAAGUCGGAAAAAGAUUUGUCGGAAAGUUCCCUAGCGACAUGAAAAAAUCGGAAAAGUCGCUGUUCGAAUUUUCGCUGGUCUUUUUUUCAUACCAUCUUUGAAUCAUAAAAUAGAGAAAAUGAAACAAAAAAAAAUUUAGAAUGAACAAAAUUUUCCCUUUAUUUCCCCAUAACUGCUAAAAUUUGAUUCUUUCGUUUCCAGAGAUAAAAUUAAGGCUGCAAGGGAAAACUAAAACCUUUUGAAGGCAUAAAAAGGGACAUGGGCGUCCUGGGGUCGCUGAUUUGGCUCGCGUGGCGACCGUUCACGAAGACUUUGUCCCAAGGCGCAGCGACUACGGUAUAUUGCGCAGGCUCCCCGGAUGUUGAAAAGGUGAGAAAUUGUUCGACUCGCACCGAUAAUCCCAUUAUUCAGGUCUCCGGAAAGUACUGGGAAGACUGCUGGGACGACGAGAACAAGCUGAACAAGACGGCCCGGAAAGUCGAACUCCAGGACGCUCUGUGGGACCGAACACAACAAAUAAUCCAUUCGUUGGUCUGA